CAGGUUGUUUACGUAUCCCUUUCCGCCUUCAGAGGCUGAGCUCACGGAAGUCAGGAGCCGAGAGCCCAAGAGCGAACCGAGGCAACUGAGUCAACGCAUCCAACCAAACCUCGCCGGAGCUCUGUACUACCACCGACGACUACAGCAUGUCGCCGGCGACGUCCGCCGCCGCCUUUCCCGGUGUCCUCCUCCUCCAAUCUCCGGUCACCAUGCGACCUUUCCCCACUGCCCGCCUCCUCCCCUCGGGGCCUGCGAGGCCGCUCAAAGUCACCUCGGCCCCUCGUCGCCUCCUGGCGAUGGCCGUGCGCGCCCAAGGCGCCAUCAAUCCAGGGUACUUGCCGGAAUCGGAGUUCUACAAGAUCGAGGCCAUCCUUAGGCCGUGGAGGGUGCAUCACGUGUCCUCGGGCUUGCUUGAAAUGGGGAUCAGAGGCGUCACGGUGUCGGAGGUGCGGGGUUUCGGGGCGCAGGGAGGGUCAACGGAGCGGCAUGAGGGUAUGGCUCCGCCAGUGGCUGCGCAUUUGCAUGGCUCUACCAUUGACUCUGGGUCAGAAUUUUCGGAAGACACAUUUAUUACUAAAGUUAAAAUGGAAAUAGUGGUCUGCAAGGAGCAGGUUGAAGCAGUAAUUGACAAAAUAAUCGAAAAGGCAAGAACUGGAGAAAUUGGUGAUGGAAAGAUAUUUUUGGUACCUGUCUCCGAAGUGGUGAGAAUCCGCACCGGCGAACGCGGGAAGCAAGCCGAGAGGAUGGCCGGCGGACUGUCGGAUAGGCUGUCCUCUGUGGUGUCAAUCUCAUGAGCAGCAUUGCCGCAUGUUGUCUGGUCAAGCGCAUCCUCCUGUAUUGUGAGUGUAACCUUGUGCGAUGAACUGCAAUGCAAAUUCCACCCGAAAUCAUGCAAUGUGCACUGGGCGUAAUCGUUGAGAAUUCGAUGGAAUUGAUGUGAAUUCAGUUUUGUUUCAUUC